UGCACAAGAGGGCAGAUCGUCAAAAAAAACUCAAGUAAAAUCUAAAGAUAUGAUUAACGCAUUAAACAUAAUUUAAAAAAUCUGCCCUCUUGUGCAUUGCUGAAUUUUAUCGUCAAAGUUGACGUGAUUUCUAAGCAACUUCCCCCAGACCCUUAAUUAAACUUUUUUAUUUGAUCGACAAAUUCACAAAUUCAUACGUAUUUUAAACAUAAAUUUUGCCUUUCUAGGAACAAAAUCGCUCACAAAUGGGGGACGAAUCCACGCCCGUUAAAGUUUUGCUGCCUCCGCGACCAGAGGAACCACCACCCCCACAAACCGCCGCCAUCACGCCUAAUAAUGUCCCCUCUGCUCUUCCCCCUCCCCCCACUGUCACACCCAAUGCCACUGAAAUUCGCAGAAAAUCUGGCAGACCAGACCCAGACGGCGAGAACCCUCAAGUCGCCAAGACUUCUCGAGCCACGCCGCCUAGGCAAUGCUCCGGAGGGAGUAAGAAAGGACACCGACGACACGGUUCGAAAGCGGCCAGCAGGGAUCUCCAACUCCAAAAGGUUAUGAAACCUUUGACAGAAAAAUGUAUUCCGGACAGGGAUCCAAAAAUUGUGAGAGAUUCAAAGUACAAAGCUCCUCCUCGACUAGCACCCCAGACAAAGCCACUGACAAAGAAGGAGAAGGAAGAACUUCGCAAGAGGAGUAGCAAAUUGGCUUUUUCGAUGCCUUGCGUUGAACCCCCGGAAGUUUUGGAGGCUCUCCGGACGGAAAAAAUGGCCCGCAAAUUGAUCAGAUAUAUGAAAAAGAGCUGGAAAGUUGAGGUCGACCCAAGCCAGGCGGAGAGAGAUUUGGUUUUCAGGACAACGGAAGCUGUUCACACGAGGAAGCCGGACAAUUGGGAGGAGCUUUUAUUUCUGAGAGAGCAGCUUAUCGAAAAACGUGGCGAGAGUUCGAAACAGCGAGGAUUCUUUUGCGGUUAUGAUAUGAAUUAUCCCUUCAUCUACGAGUUGGAGUUGGGCACGCCAUUACUAAUUUUCCAGAAUUUGCCUCCUGACCUCAAAAUUACGGCGGCAAAAUGGCUGAGGAUGAAGGCGUUAAAGGAGGAGUUAAAACGGAGACGCGAAGCUUUCCUCCCACGUGUCCCCAACACAAGGGUUAAACGACCAAACAUCACGAGAGGAAAAUUGCUCAAGAUGGCUGAGGAUGAAGGUCUUAAAGUAGGAGCUAAAACGGUCUGCAAGGGUUCCACCUAUUCCCCCGCAGUCCUCUCGAACUGGGGCCGUAAGAAGGUGGAUGAAAACGAAAACGUUAACUAUGGUUUCGGCAUGGUUCCUCCCGACUUCAAGUACGGCUUCACCGCUCUCCAACUCCCCGACAAUCCGGAGCCCAACCCGUCGUCGAAUAAGUAGCAAUAACCUCCUCCGCUUACUGGAAAGGGACCUAUGAAAGAUGAAGACGCUGAAGGAAAAUGCCAUUUUUCCUCUCCAAGCCGAUAAUCUCCCCCAUUUGGUGUUGUAACUUCAAAUAUCAUCCUAAUUCUGUCAAUAUCUCAUAAAAAUUCCGACAUAUGUAGUAAAUUCGUACCGCAAUACAGAA